UUUUCUCUCUCUCUCUCUCUCUCUCCACAAUUGUUUAUCUCAUCUCAUCUUCUUGCUGGAGCUAAUUGGAAGAGAGAAUCAAUCAAUCAAUCUCUCCUGCUAAAAUCCCCAAUUACUCUUACGACCCGAAAUUAAAGCAACCUUUCUUUCUAUCUUUAGCUUUUUUCUUCCUCAUCACGGUGGAAUCUCCCUUCUCUUUUUAUUAUCUCACUAGUGAUUACACCUCGGGGCCCUCCUUCCAGCUCCCAUCUGGUCGAUUGGUUGUGGAUAAAUUGAUGCCGCCGCAGGACCACUCGUCUUGGGAUCGGAAGGAUCUUCUGAGGCAGAGGAAGCACGAGAGACCCUCCGAGCCUCCUUUCGAUCCCCCUCCUUUCAGGUGGAGGGACUCUUCUUCUUCCUCCUCUUCUCACCGUGAUUUUAACUCCCGGUGGGGAGGAUCUUCUGACUUCCGCAGGCCUUCUUCUUAUCAUGGGAAGCAGGGCGGAAGGUACCCGUUUGCGGAGGAGAGUAGUCAUGGAUACACAUCUUCUCGGUCCAGUGCUCGGAUGUUUGAAAAUGACUACUAUAGACCAUCAGCACCACGUGGAGACUGGCGAUACACCAGGAAUUGCAGGGAUGACAGAGUUCCUUUAAACAACAAGGACUGGAGGUGCAAUACGUGGGAGAUGAACAACGGAUCUUCGAGAGCUUUUGAGAGGCCGUGUGGUGUUAGAAAUGGUCGGAGGUCGGUGGAGGACAGACCACCUGCAUCAGAUUCACAUACUUCUGUGGUCAACUCGUGGGAACCAUCCAACUCCGCUCAGCAGAUGGAUAUUGAGCUGUGCACCCCGGUUCGGACAGUUAGAUUUAAGAACGAGCAGAAAUUUUCUGAUCAGAGGCAAUCACUUCCUUCAGAUCCUCAUGCUGACGGUCCUGGGUUGUUUGAUCGGCCUUCUUCAGUAAACAGUUAUGAAAAUAAGGAGUGUUCUCCAGCAAAGCAAACCAACGGUUUGAUGUACGGUCGAAGGUUAGCUGAUGAUAAUCCUCCAGUCCUCAAUGCAGAAAUAGAGGGAACCCGGAAUCAGAUUCUCCUGAAAGAAGAUAAUAAGUUACAUGGAGUUAGUGAUUUAGACGGUGUCAGAGAAAAUGGGAAGGAGAAUUCCCUGGGAGCAACUGGGAAGCUUCCAGUGUGGACCCGUUCCGGGAGUUUUGCGUCUCAGAGUUCAGGUUUUAGUCACUCAAGUAGCUUGAAAAGCUUGGGGGCUGUUGAUUCCAGUGAUCGAGAACUUAAAAUUCUUCCUAAAACUGUUGCCGUGACUCAAUCUUCUUCAGGAGACGCUACUGCAUGUGCCAAAACUACACUGUCUGAGGAGAUGAGUUCUAGAAAGAAGCAACGUCUUGGCUGGGGUGAGGGCCUGGCGAAAUACGAGAAUAAGAAAGUUGAUGUUAACACAACCGAGGAUGGAACAGACUUGUUGGAAAACAGUGCAGAGGAACUGCAUUCUUUGAACAAAAGUAUUGCUGAUAAAAGUCCUACAGCAGCCAAUGCUCCAGAUUAUGGUUCCCCUACAACUCCAUCCUCUGUAGCUUGCAAUUCAUCACCAGAUAAGUCAUCUGCGAAGGGUGCUAUUGGUGCUAGUGAUGUCAGUAACAUGUGCCUUUCACCUAGCCCCGUGUCUAGUAUUCACCUUGAACGACUUCCAAUCAAUAUAGAGGAGCUUGAUAACAUCUCAAUGGAGCGAGUUGGCUGUUUGCUCAAGGAAUUGCUUGGUACUGAUGAUCCUGGUACAGGGGAUUCGAGUUCCGUCCAGUUGACCUCAAUGAACAAAUUACUUGCCUGGAAAGGUGAUAUUUUGAAAGCUGUGGAGAUGGCUGAAUCUGAAAUUGAUCUGCUUGAAAGCAAACAAAGGGCGCUAAAGCUUGAAAGUGGGAGACAGUGCCGUGUUGUUAAACACGCUUCCGAGGGAGAUGAAAAUGUGCAGCAGGAAGCUUCUUGUAAUUUGGGUCUCAAGGCAGUAGCUUCCUCUGUGGCUGAAACAUUGGUGAGAGAUCCUGUUCAUCAGGCAGCCAAGGUUCCUUCUGAAAUAAUUGAAGAUAGUUGUCGAGAAGUUAAUUCUCUGUGCCAUUUUCUUGCCACUGUCGGAAGCAAUGAAGAUAUACUGCCCAUACCGUCUACCAAAGCAGAUGCUAAUCAGGAAACGAUUGACCUUUCUUCUGCUGAUGAUAGCAUGGUCUCUGAUGAAAAAUUGCUCGGUGCUAAGUUAUUAUCUACCAAUAAGACAUAUGCCUGUGAAUCAUCUCAAGUAUUUAAUAAAAUGCUUCCGAGAGAUUUCAGUUCGUUUGACUACUCAAGAUUCCCUGGCAUAUGUCAAAGGCAGUUUGAUUCUCAUGUUAAAGAAAAAAUUGCGGAUAGGAUAGAGCUCUUGAGAGCUAGGGAGAAAAUUUUGCUCCUUCAGUUUAAAGCGUUUCAGCUCGCAUGGAAGAAAGAUGUGCGUCAACUAGCUUCUGCAAAGUACCAACCAAAGGCUAACAAAAGAACAGAAGUAUUUCCGUAUGCAAAAAAUGGUGGGCAUCUGAAGUUUUCCCAACCUGUACGCCUGAGGCUCUCUUCUUCAGCUUCAAGAAGGGAUAGUGUAGCCUCCACGACAGAGCUCGUAGGUUACAUGAAAAAGCUACUAAAGAAUACCCGUUUAAAGCCUUUUAGAGACAUUUUGAGGAUGCCUGCGAUGAUUUUGGAUGAGAAAGAAAGGGUGAGGUCGCGGUUUAUCUCUAGCAAUGGGCUGAUUGAAGAUCCAUGCGACGUUGAGAAGGAAAGAACAAUGAUUAAUCCUUGGACCCCAGAGGAGAAAGAGAUUUUCCUUAGUAUGCUAGCAAUGCAUGGGAAGGAUUUCAAGAAAAUUGCUUCAUAUCUUACUCAGAAGACAACUGCGGACUGUAUCGAUUACUACUACAAAAACCACAAGUCAGAUUGUUUUGGGAAAAUAAAGAAGCAGCGUGGUUAUGGUAAAGAAGGGAAACACACCUACAUGUUGGCGCCAACAAAAAAGUGGAAACGUGAGAUGGGGGCUGCCUCUCUUGAUAUUUUAGGUGCUGUCUCCAUUAUUGCAGCAAACGCAGGCAAGGCAUCAACCCGGCAGACUUCUUCCAAAAGGAUCACCCUUAGAGGUUGUAGCAGUUCUAGUUCGUUGCAGCGCGAUGGCAAUUACUCUGAAGGGUACUCCCACAGUUUCGAUUUCCCUCGUAAGAGAACUCUUGGUGCAGAUGUUGUAGCUGUUGGUCCUUUGUCAUCAGAGCAGAUUAAUUCCUGCUUAAGGACUUCCGUGAACUCUAGAGAGGGGUGUAUGGAUCAUCUGAAGUUUGCUCCUGCUGCAAAGAAACCUCGUAUAUCUCAUACUACACAUAAUGAGAACAGCAAUGAAGACGAUGACUCAUGUUCAGAUGAGAGCUGCGGGGAAACGGGACCUAUUCAUUGGACCGAUGCGGAGAGAUCUGCCUUUAUACAGGGUUUCUCGCAAUUUGGCAAGAAUUUUGCUUCAUUAUCGAGGUUCGUCAGGACCAGAUCUCCGGAUCAGUGUAGGGUUUUCUUUAGCAAGGUUCGGAAAUGCCUUGGAUUGGAAUGUAUACAGUCUGGAUCUGGAAAUGUGAGCACAUCCGCAAGUGUUGAUAAUGCCAUUGAGGGUGGUGGAAGCGACUUGGAGGGUCCUUGUGCUACGGAGAGUAACUCUGGCAUAUGCAAUAAUGGAGUUAGCGCUACGAUUGGUUUGGAUACGCAUACCUCGCCUGUUAACAUGAAUCAGGAGAGAGCCAAUCAUUCAGGCUUUGAAAAUGUGGAAGCCGGCCUUAGUAGAUCAGAACAAGAGAAUGGGCUGGCAUUAUUGCGUUUGAAAGAUGUUACAAAUCUCGUCGACGCUGCAUCUAUCCCGGGUCAAGUUUCGGAACCUUGCAGAGAUUUGGUAGACAUUAAUACUGUUGAGAGCAGCCACUGUCAGGCUGCAGACCAGAUUAACAGCAAUGAUCUACUGUCAAAGGAAAUAAAUGAAGGUAAUUCGACAUCUGUCGCUGCAGAGGAAACUAAAAGCAGUGAUCAACUGUCAACGGAAAUAGAUGAAGGUAAUUUAACACCCGUCGCUGUAUCUUCUGACCCCUUGUAUUGUGGGUCACUCGUUCUUCCCAAUAAUAUUGUGGAGAAGGGCUCAGGAUGUGAAGGUGCUGCAUUGCCUAACCAAAGUUCAAAGAUGCAGGAUGGAGUGAUGCAAGCUGCAAACAGAACCAUAAAUUCUGGUCUUGAGGCUGAAGCUGCACCUUCAAGUUUCAGAUACCUCGAGUGUCUGCACCAUGUUCCGAUAGAGGAAGACCUUGUAGGCGUCGUCAGUGUACCACAAGGAGAUUCCAAUUGCCAUACAGAGUCCGAGUUACCAAAUCCUCUUGUUGUCCAAACAAAUAAAAUGGGCUGGCAGUUUUCUGAGGUCAAUCUGGAUUUGGAGAGGGGAAGUCAGGUUUUGGGCCAUAUCAAAGCUGAGCAGAAUGGUCAGUUAAAUGCGACUAGCACGGACUCUUGUCAAAUUCCGUGGAUAUCAUUCACGCAAGAUCCGAGCAGGAUAAUUCGGUCAAAAUCUGAUUUGAUUGUAAAGGCUCAACGUACAGGUGAAGCUUUCUCACUCAGAAAGUGUACUAGCUCAGCUACUAAGCCUCUGACAGUAUUCCAAAAAGAUGGAAGAUCUGGUCAUAGCAGGAGCCAUUCAUUUAGUCUGUCUAAUACUGAGAGGCUCGAUAAGAAUGGAGAUGUGAAACUGUUUGGUACAGUCCUAACCGCUGAUGAGAAUGGAAGCAAGCAAAAACACAAUCCAGGAGGAAGUAUCAGGUCAUCGUCAACCUUGAGCAGGGACCAUGAGACAGGAAAUCAGUACAUUAAUCAGCAACACCUUCAGAAUGUUCCUAUUACGAGCUAUGGUUUUUGGGAUGGCAACAGAAUCCAAACUGGGCUCACAUCAUUGCCAGAGUCUGCCAAGUUACUUGCAAGUUACCCCGAAGCACUUACCACGCAUCUUGAGCAGCAAGUUGUUAGUACCAAAGAUAUUCAGCUGGAUGCUAGUGGAGUUCUGAGCUUUGGGAAGCAUAUCGAAGAUAGAGCAGAGGUUUCGAGCGGUAAGGAUAAAGGUAAGAUAGGAGGAGAGAUAACUGGUGUAGCAGAAGCAGCCACAUGAAACAAAAAAAAAACUUCUUAGGGUCAUGAUUAGUUUGUUUUGGAGGUUUUGGCAUAUUCUUUGUUUGUCAUCCUAUCUGUAUCAUAAUCUCACUUUAUUGUCUUUUUUCUUCCUAAUUUAGAAUGUCAGUCAAUAUAGGCAUUUUUUUUCUUUCUUUUGGUUUAACUUAUGUUAGCUGAUGUUUGUAUUUGUAAGGUUGCUGAUAAUAACAUGGAAAGAGUGCUAAGCUUAGCUCUA